AUGGGACAGGAUACUAGCUGCUAGCGACUGUGCUGCACAGAGAUUAACAAGCCAAGAUAUGAAAUAAGUGAAAAUGGAAGUGCUCGUGCAGUGCACUGGGAUCAAGAGUAAGAUAAACAAUAUUUUCUAUCUCCUAAAAUUGUUUAAUAUGAAGAUUAAGAGAUGAAUUUAAAUAGUGGACAAAAAAAGGUUAAGAAAAGCUUUAAUUUAGCGGAGUAAGAAGAACUAGUUGACACCUCAAAUAUUUUUCAUAUUGAUGAUCCUUCUACUAAAUCAUAAAACUCUUAAAAAAUAAAGAAAAAUAUUGUAUCCUUUUUAACGAGUAAAGACAGUUUAAGUGACGUUAAUAAAUCCUGCUUAUCAAUCGUUAAUUAUUUAUGCUUGAACUAAACUCAAAUGAAAAAAUUUAAUUUAACUAAAGAGCUUACUUUAACAUCAUCAGGAGCUAAUAAUCAAUAAUAGUUGACAAAUAAUGAUUAAGAAGAUUAAUGGAUAUGGAAAGAAGUGCAAGAUAUUUUUAACUAACUUUUUCCUAAUAAUCUGAAUGAAGUUUUUAUAGAAUAUGAUUCAAACUGGUAAGGCUUAUACUUAAUAAGUGCCUUAAAUUCUUUAUGCUUAAAACCUGUUUACCUUUUAAGAAUGUUUGAAACAAAAUCUAAGCAAAUAGACAAUCCCGAUAUUACUUUCAACAACUAAUUAACAAAAAGUUAGGAUGAAACAAAAAUAAAUUAAUUUUAUGUGCACUUUCUAUUUAAUGGAAUUAUAUAAAAAGUCUGUGUCGACAAUAAUAUACCUUUUAUCCCUAAAAAGAAGCAAUGUUUAUUUAUCUAAUCUCAUCCUUAUGGAUUUUCUCCUUUGUUAUUAAAGGCCUAUUCAAGCUUAUUCGGAGGAUACUAAGCAAUCUAAAGAGGUAUCUUUGGUUAACUAAUAAGAGAUAUAACUUGGGCUCCCUACGAAUACAUUACUAUUUAAGAUUUGGUAUCAACCUUUUAAUACAUCUCUGAAAAUUUAAAAAAGAAAUAUUUAGUAACCCUUUGCAAAUCACUUGAUAAUUAUUGGGUUGAUACAAUUGUCACUAUUUCACAAGAAUUGGGAAUAGAUAAGGUUAAUCUUAUAAUUGAUGAAACAUUAUUUUCAAUUUUUAUUCAAAACUAUUAAUUAACACUAUUUUUAUUUUAUUAGGUAUUGCUGAAAAAGGGAUAAGAUGGAAGUCUUAGAUGGGUGCAUUUUUAGGAUAUCAAUCAGAUGUAUACUUAUUGUGGUGUAAAUAAAUGUAACGAAGAAUACUACUACAGCUAUAUAACUUAAAAUUUAAACAAAAAUAUGCAUACUGAGAUACUUGUGGUUUAAUUAGAGAAUUCAUAAGCAGCAAACCACGCAUUUAUCACUUUUAGCCAAUAAGACAAAAGAUUAUUUUUAAAUUAGAGCAGCAAUAGUAGUUUUUCUUAUGAUUUUGUAAGAAUGAUACUUGUUAAAGGGUCUUUAAAUGUAGUAAAUAGAUAAAUAAACAUUGAAUCAUAUAUUUAUGACCAUGUUUAAGUAGGAAGAGAUUCUACUAUUGAGUGUAAUUUAAGUUAAGGAACUUAUCUUCUAUACCUAGAAAUAGAAAAGAGUACUAGUCUUCAAUCAAAAAUUUGCAUAAAUAGUUACUCAUAGCAUAAAAUUUAAUUUUAAUUUGCUGAAAGUCAAGAACUUUUUAAUGUUUUUAAUCCUCAAAAUAAUGGUGCAAAUACAAAAAGUGAUGUUAUUAAAAAUGAAAAUAAUAACGAAUCCAGACUGAUAGAUUAAUUCCUAAUUUGCCAAACUAAAAGAUUGACAGAAAACAGCAACAUUAUAUUUAGUUAUCAGGAUGACUCAGAAAUAAUAAGAAUUAAUGGCCUAGCAGCAGGAAAUAUAUUUUUUAUCUACUAAAAUAACUCAAAGUAUGGAAGCGUACUCUAAGAAAAGCAUAGGAUCCGUAAAAGGAACGAUGCUUUAUUCUGUAGAGAGUGGCAAGUAGAAAUAUAUCCUUAACAAAAAAAAAUAUUUAGCUAUCCUUUGUAAAAUGGAGAAGAUAUAAAUGAUAUCAUUAUUGAUUUAGUGUAUACUAACAUAAAUUUAAUAGAUAAGAAAGUAUUGCUUAACAUUAAAUCAAUAGAAAAUAUGAGGUAAGUUAUAAAAGAGUAAAGAUAAUUGAACGGAAUUCCUAUUAAUAGUUACAUGUACACCUACUCAUAUCCAGGAGGAUAUUCUAUAUAUUUUGAAAAUUUUUCUAAGUUUUCUUGCACAGAAACUUUAUAUUAUAAUAUCAUAAAUUUACAAGGAGAAGAUUUUAAUAUUUAAAAUAAAUUCAUAAUUUUCCUACUUAAUCCUGGAUAGACAAAGCUAUUUAAUGUUAAAAGAAUAGAUCUUUUACAACCAUGCGAUUUAUAACUAAAAAGCAUAUAUUAGUUUCAUCAGUGA